AUGUCUAAAUUACCUGUAGUUCUAUUAUUAUUGUUAAAUAUAAUAGAGAGAUAUGAUUGUAAACUACCAAAUAUAGUAUUUGUGGUGGCUGAUGAUUUGGGGUGGUAUGAUGUAGGAUUUCAUGGUUCUGAUGUUUCAACACCUAAUAUAGAUGCUCUAGCUACUAAUGGUAUUAUAUUAAAUAAUUAUUAUGUUUCACCUAUUUGUACUCCAACAAGAAGUGCUAUAAUGACAGGCAGACAUCCUAUACAUACAGGUAUGCAACAUCAAGUCAUAGGAAAUGAUACACCAUAUGGUUUACCAUUAAACAUCACAAUACUCCCUCAAUAUUUAAAACAACAGGGUUAUAAUACUCAUAUAGUAGGGAAGUGGCAUCUUGGUCAUUUUAAAAGAGAAUAUUUACCAAAUAAUCGUGGUUUUGAUUCAUAUUUUGGAUAUUUAACGGGACAUGAAGAUUAUUUUGAUCAUGUUGCUGAAGGGAGUCCAUCCUGGGGUAAAGAUUUCCGUCAUAAUUUUAAUCCUGUAAGUACCAUGGAUAAUCAGUAUUCUACAGAACUGUACUCAGCAGCUGCAGAUACUAUUAUUAGAAAUCACGAUCAGUCAAAUCCUUUAUUUCUGUACCUGGCCCAUCAAGCAGUCCAUGCUGGUAAUCAUGCUAGUGACCCAUUGCAAGCUCCUCAAAAAUAUGUUGACAGACAUACAAAUAUUAGAAGUGUAACUAGAAGAUUGUUUGCUGGCAUGGUGUCAGCAUUAGAUGAUGCUAUAGGUAAUUUAACUCAAACCCUGAAAGAAACUGGUAUGAUAAAUAAUACUGUUAUUGUAUUUACUACUGAUAAUGGUGGACCAACUAAUGGUUAUGAUAGAAAUUCAGCAUGUAACUGGCCUCUUAGAGGCUGUAAGAAUACCAUGUGGGAAGGAGGAGUCAGAGGAAAUGGUUUUAUUUUUAGUCCAUUGUUAAAUAAAACAGGAUAUAUCAACAAUAACUUGAUGCAUGUCACAGACUGGCUGCCAACAUUAUACAGUAUAUCUGGUGGUGAUCCUGAUACACUUAUAGCUCAAGAUGGAUAUAAUCAAUGGAAUAUGCUAUCAAAUAAUGGUUCUUCAGUCCGAACUUCAGUACUUCAUAAUAUUGAUCCCAUUCAAAAAUUUGCUGCCAUGAGAAGUGGGGAAUAUAAAUUGAUAAUGGGUGAUAUUUCUGGUGGAAGAGAUGAUAGUUGGUACCCCCCACCAGACUUGAAAAAAGAAGAGUCAAGUCACAUGUUGAAGUUCCAUAGCAUGAAAGACAAUGAAUAUGUUGUUAAUAUGCAGCAACCCCAAGAUGAUCAAGAUACAGAUAUAAUAGUGAAGUGUGGUCCUAAGCCUAUUGAUGCAGACAUAAAUUGUAGACCAGAACAUAAACCAUGUCUUUAUCAUAUUCCAUCUGAUCCUUGUGAAUAUACCAACAUAGCUGAUCAACACCCAGAUAUCGUGGCAGAUAUCAUCCAGCAGAUUGAUAAAUACAGAAAAACUAUGGUUAUUCCUGCAAAUAAACCAGGUGAUCCUAAAUCAGACCCCAGAUUACAUGGUGGAUUCUGGGGUCCCUGGUUAUAA